GGUGGCGGCCGAGCGCGCUGGGAGUCCGCGGGAGUCGGGGAAGUGGGGCCGCCGGGCGCGCGGGGCGGGCGGCUAGCGGAGCCGGCCGGAGAGGGCCGGGCAGCGGCCGCCGCCGUCCCGGAGCGCGCGGGCGGGCAGGAGGAUGGAGCUAAAUUCCCUGCUGAUCCUGCUGGAGGCGGCCGAGUACCUGGAGCGCAGGGACCGAGAGGCUGAGCACGGCUACGCCUCGGUGCUGCCCUUCGACGGCGACUUCGCCAGGAAGAAGACAAAGGCGGCCGGCCUGGUGCGCAAGGCCCCGAACAACAGGUCCUCACACAAUGAACUAGAAAAGCACAGACGCCCGUGGGCCUCCCCGGCUCCCCCCUCAGAGUCAGCCAUCCCAGGCGGCUGGGAGGCCGCACCUGCUCCCUCCUCCUCCGCACGGAUACUAACUUGGAUAAGAAUGGGACCUUGUCAUCUGCUCUUUCUAACCCGACCUUUCACCGGACACCACGUGAGUGUCCACCUGUGUCGUGCGCUCCCCUCCGCUCCUGGUCCCAGCGCCCGCACGGGCAUGCGUGCUGCCUGCACUGUUAGGGGCGGCCCUCUGGUUGACGCAGGCCGGGCCACAGCGAGCGUCGGUAAACGUGCAUCUUUGCAUCCGUGGGGGGCAGCCCGGUGGGACCCGGAUCCUACAAGUGCAGGUGCCGGUCAAGGGUUUGGGUCGCCCGCAGCGGCCCUCAGCGCUGUCGUCCCUGUUCGCUCUCCCUGAACAAAGCGCAGAUGGGCCCGUGCGCCGCCUGAGAGCCGGCCGGUCCUUUCCAGUCUGGCCCAGACGCCCGCCCGCCCGCCCUGCUUGGUCCUCAGUUCCUAGAGUGCUGGGAGACCCACUCGGUUUUGUGCUAGCUUAGCAGUCUGUGCUCUGCAACUUGCCUGUUUGCGUCCUUUGCCCGUUUUCCACAUUAAGAUACUCCUCUCCUUGUUUUUGACGUGUAUGAGCUCAAAAUGUCACGGAUACUAACCAUUUGUCUUUUAUGUGUAUCACAGAUACUUUUCCACUGUUGUUCGUCUUUCGGCUGUGUUUUUUCUUUCUUGUACAAAUGUCUCUUUCUGAUUGUAAAAGUAAUAUGUGGUGUUUUUUUGUUUUUUUUUUAGCGUAGAAAACUUGGAAAAUAUAAAAACAAAUAACUAAAAAACACAAACCGUAAAGCCAAAGAAAUAAACGUUGCCAACCGCAUCACCUGGA